UCAUUUAGUAAAACAGGACGGUAGUAGUAAUUAUUAGUUAUUUUAUCAGUCAAUAGCUGGUCCAAUUUACAGUCAAAGAAAUAUUAUACAUGAUUUAACAGUUUACAAUAACUAAAUCACUGUGGGGCUUUAAAAUAUAAAUCUUACUCCUAUAUUAAUGUCAGUCACUGCACACAAAACUAGUUUCCAGUAUAUACUCAAGAGUGUUUACGUUAUUGAGCAAAUCAUUCUUCCUGGGCAAUAAUGGUGAAAUGACCACCAAAAGCAGGGCCACACUGUAGACUUUUAAGCAGAAUUUAACAAUAACAACAAUAAAAAUGUAAAAUGUAACAUACAAAAGUAUCAAACCAUUUUUUUUUGGUCAACAGAUAUUACAAUUAAUAGACAGUAAGUACUCAUGAUAAUUGCAGCCCCGGUCUACACAUUUUUUUUCAACAAGGCUACUUAACACGACACACGGAAACCCUAAAUAGGCAGUUUGGCCCAGAUAACGUCACGUAAAUACCUCAUGACACUGAAGUGAGACAUUUCGAAACAUAGAGGCUGGUAUAGUACCAUCUGCAUCCUGACGUCAUUGUUAUAUGUAACAGAAACCUUCCUGUAGUGCAUUACUGCACGCGUCGCUUUCGGUACACCUGUAAUCAUGAGCAGCCAGAGAAGACAAAGCAGCCUCCGCGCGACAAGUCCUGACCAACCCAAAGCUCCAGCAAACGCGAAAGGGAAGAGUAAGAAGCAGCAGAGAGAUCACCAUAAUAGUGACAUAGAGGAUCAGUCUCCGGAAUGCGCCGAGGACAAGGGCGCACCAAAAAGGGGAAGCAGAAAGCGACAGAGUAAAAAGGAGAAAGAUCCUCGUGACUGUGAAAGUGAAGACAAACCUCAUGAAAUACCGGCACCAAAACGGGGAAGCAUUAUUCGACAGAGUAAAAAGCAGAGAGAUCCUUCAAACAGGGAUUGUGAGUCUCUGGAGAUCUCCGAGAGCAAGUCCGUAGAAAACCCCAGUGAGACAUCUAGAAGUGCCUCUGUUCAUAAUAACGCUAACAAUGCUGGCGAGAAUAACAGACAAGACAGUGCAAAAAGCAAGCGACAGAGUAAAAAGAAGACAAAUCCUCAUGACUGUGAAAGUGAAGACAAACCUCAGCAGAUCCAACAGACCGCCAAGAUCAAGUCCGGUGAAAAAACAGCACCAAAACGACAGAGUGAAAAGCAGAGAAAUCCUUCAAACCUUGACAGAGAACAAUCUCCGGAGAGUUCCAAGAGCAAAUCAGAAGAAAAAUCCGUAGCAAAACCUAGAAGGCUGCAUGGAUCUGCUAUUGAAACAGACUUUAUUAGCGCGGGCAACACACAGGACGCUCGUCCAGCGCUUAGCGCGCGCAACAAGAAAAGCGCAGAAAAAACUGCAACGAGAGGACUAAGCGUCGAUGACACACUGGGAAGGGUUCUUAAAGAAACUAUUGAGAAAUUAAAGAUCAAGAAGUGCGAGCGGUCUAAUGCAUCCAGUUGUGUUAAUGACAUCACGGAUAAAGUCAUUGCACAUCUUAAACGAAACACGACCUGGUGUGCAGAUAUCGAGAGUUUACGAACGGGAAGUUAUUAUGAAAACGUUAAAAUUUGUGAACCAGAUGAAUUUGAUGUCAUGCUGACUAUUCCUGUGGAGAGAGUGAAUAUAGAGCGGUUCGAUGAGGCUGGAGCAUUUUACAGUGUUGCACUGAAACGACAUCCGAAUAAUCCUCUAAACAGGUUCCUAAAUGAAGACAAGACCAUUCAAGCCAGCAAAAUGCUGAGUGAAUUCAGAGAUGCCGUAAAGGAGGCCUUGGGGAAACUUCAAUAUAAAAUUGAGAUGCAGCGAAAGAAGGCAAGGUGCCCUGCAGUGACACUGGAAGUAACAGAAAAUGGAAAGACCAUCUCCAUUGACUUUGUUCUCGGGCUUAAGGUUCACCGUGCAAGCUGGCCAGACUUUACAAAAGAUGGCUUCAAGAUAGAAAACUGGCUUGGUAAAAAGGAAAAAGCUGAUAUGAAGCGUCAACCAUUCUACCUGGUGCCUAAAUAUACAGGGAAAGGAGAUUCAGAGCAUGAAGGAGUUGUUGCAAAAGACUCCUGGCGAAUCUCUUUUUCACAUGUUGAAAAAGAAAUUCUGCAAAGGCACGGCCACUCCAAGACAUGCUGCGAGGCCGUUGGAAAGAAAUGUUGCCGGAAGGAGUGUCUAAAGCUUCUGAAGUAUCUUCUUCAACAGCUCAAAGAGGACGACUCCAAAUCCAAUAAAAUGUCCAACUUUUGCUCCUAUCAUGCAAAGACCACCUUGCUCCACGCUUGCGCUACAAGGGGAGAGGACAGCCAGUGGGCAUACAGUCAGCUGGCCGACUGUUUCCAGCAGCUUUUGGAAGACUUCGUCAAACACCUAAAAGAUCGUCAUCUCCCUAACUUCUUCAUUCCAUCCCAUAACCUCCUACAUCAAGCCACUCCAAGUAACUGUGAUUUUCUGGCAGAUGAAAUUGAAUUUCAACGCAAUAAUAUCUUCCCUAUAUUCAGAGCUUUCUGAUUUUCUUUUAAUUGCAUUUAUGUAUGACUUGUCUUUUCAUCUUGAUAGUCAUCUGUAGUUCAAUUCAAUAAACAUCUUCCAAAUAGUU